UAAAUUAAGAACAUUUUGACUGUAUUGGACUGUGUUCUAGUCUUUACGAUUAAUCAGUUCACAGUACGAUGUAUACUCAUUGGCUUAGUCGCAUUGUGGUAUAGGACAUGUCAAAAAUUUGUGAUGGCGACGAUGUUAAAGGAUAAGAGUCAAUUCACGUUUGAAGAUAAGUGGCCAUGUAUGCGUCCAAUCAUUUUGAAAUUAUUGAAGCAAGAAACUGUAACUCAAGCGGAAUGGCAAGAUUUAUUUUACUCUGUUCAUUUGGUAUGUUUGUGGGAUGAAAAAGGUCCUCCCAAGUUACGAGAUGCACUUAAAGAAGAUAUAAUGGAUUUCAUAAAACAAGCUCAGCAGAGGGUAUUAGCACAUCAAGAAGAACAAGCUUUAUUAAAAGCAUAUAUAACAGAAUGGAGGAAAUUUUUUACUCAGUGUAUUUAUUUACCAACACCUUUUAGACAAUUAGAAACAUAUCUUGCUGGGAAAACAACUUCCAGUGUUCAGAAAAGAAAUCAGCCGGAUGAUAUAGUCAGAAAGUUGAUGUUGGAUAGUUGGAACCAAAGUAUAUUUGGAGAAAUAAAACAAAAACUACAGGACUCAGCUAUGCGACUUAUUCGUGCUGAAAGGAAUGGUGAAGCAUUUGAUUCACAACUUGUUAUUGGUGUUAGAGAAUCUUAUGUAAAUUUAUGUUCAAAUACAACGGAUCAGCUACAAAUCUACAGAGAAAACUUUGAAGCAGCAUAUAUAGAAGCAACAGAAGCUUUCUACUGGGUGAAAGCACCAGAUCAAUUGUCGUUACACGGUGUAGAGAAUUACAUGCGGUAUGCAGAAGCAAAAUUGAGAGAAGAAGAACUUCGUGCUCAAAAAUAUUUAGAACCAAACAGUGCAAGUGUACAGCUUUUAACUGAUUGUUGUGUACGUGUGUUAGUAGCAACUUUUAAGCCAGCUAUAUUAGCGGAAUGCCCAAGAAUGAUUCAACAUCACCAAACGGAUCAACUUAGGCUAAUGUUAAAGCUAAUGGACAGAGUACCCGAAGGUGUUGGUCCAAUGUUAAGAAAUUUAGAAGAACAUAUAGCAAGCGCAGGUUUGGCUGAUAUGAUGGCAGCCGUCGAUGUCAUUACGCAAGAUUCUGAAAAAUAUGUUGAAAGACUAUUAGACCUUUUUCGUCGAUUCUCAACCCUCGUAAAGGAAGCAUUCGACGAUGACCCUCGUUUCCUAACUGCUCGAGAUAAAGCUUAUAAACUUGUUGUAAACGAUGCAACAGUAUUCAGACUAGAAUUACCAGCUCGCCAAAGCUCUGGUAUCGGUACAACGAUUUUAAAUAACAAACCUAACAACAAUAACAAUGGGCAGCCAGAAUCAAAAUGUCCAGAACUUCUCGCUAACUACUGUGAUAUGUUACUUAGAAAAACUCCGUUAAGUAAAAAGUUAACUUCUGAUGAAAUUGAGAGCAAGUUGAGAGAUGUCUUAUUAGUGUUAAAAUAUGUUCAAAAUAAGGAUGUCUUUAUGCGCUAUCAUAAAGCUCAUUUAACGCGCCGCUUAAUAUUAGAUACAUCCGCGGACUCUGAGAAAGAGGAGAAUAUGGUUGAAUGGCUUCGUGAAGUUGGAAUGCCUGCUGAUUAUGUUAAUAAAUUGGCCCGAAUGUUUCAAGACAUUAAAGUAUCUCAAGAUCUUAAUCAACAAUUCAAAGAACAGUGUAGGGCUGCUAUUGCGGACAGUAUAAAUAUUAAGAUAUUAAAUGCAGGUGCAUGGGCUAGAGGCAGUGAACGCGUCACUGUAAGUUUACCGUUACAAUUAGAAGAUUAUAUUCCCGAAGUAGAGGAAUUUUAUAAGAAAAAACAUAGCGGUCGCAAAUUACAGUGGUAUCAUCACAUGUCCAAUGGCACGAUUACAUUUUCCAACCAAGUGGGACGCUUCGAUGUGGACGUAACGACUUUUCAAAUGGCUGUUUUAUUCGCUUGGAAUCAGCGACCAUUCGAAAGGAUAUCUUAUGAAAAUUUACGAUUGGCUACAGAACUGCCUGAUCCCGAACUGAGACGAACUUUAUGGUCCCUAUGCGCUUUCCCGAAACUCAAACGUCAACUUCUCUUAGUAGAACCACACGCGCACAGUCCCAAAGACUUUGCGAAUGACACGAGGUUCUGGGUGAACCAAGAAUUUGCCAUUGUAAAAAAUGGAAAAUUACAAAAACGAGGUAAAAUUAAUUUGAUAGGAAGACUUCAAUUGUCAACUGAACGAAGUAAAGAAGAAGACAACCAAUCCAUUGUACAACUUAGAAUAUUAAGGGUUCAGGAAGCAAUCAUCAAGAUUCUAAAGAUGCGUAAGAAGAUUAGUAACGCUCAGUUGCAAACUGAAUUAGUUGAUAUAUUGAAGAACAUGUUUUUGCCAAGUAAAAAAAUGAUAAAAGAACAAAUUGAAUGGCUCAUAGAACAUAAAUAUAUUCGCAGACACGACGACGACAUAAACACUUUUGUAUACAUGUCAUAAAUUGGGAUUACACAUACGUACAAGAUUGUUCAAAUUCUUAUGAUUAAUAUUAUAUUUUUAUAAAAAAUUCAGUUUUUGUGUAUGAAAGUGUAUGCUCAAAGAAUCAUAAUGUAAUUGAAAGAUAUUUAAUGUUUUUGUAACACGUUCACAAAGGAAAAAAAACACAUCUCUGAAGUGAAAAAUUACUACCAACAUACAAAGUCAUAUCGUUCUUAAAUUGUAAUUAAAUAUGAUACUGUGGUUGGUUAUGUAUGUACAUCAUUAAGCAAAAACGUUACUGCAAUGUUCCAUAUGAUAAAAUUUAUCAUCGAUUUUAAACAAAUUUUAAGAUACUAGUCUAGUUUACGACGCCUGUGUUAAAAUGUAUGUUUCUAUUGAAUUCAAUUAUUUUACUCUAUUGCUAGGAACAAAGGAUGCCCAAAAUACUUACAUGCUCUUAAAGAUGAUUCCAUAUAAUUUUAAAUAUAAUUGCCAGAGACACUUUUAAUCUUGGACGAUAGUGUUCAUAUACGUAUAUGUAUGUACAUAGUAUGUAUAGUGGGUGGUAUGAAUUUAGUGAUGUCAUAAAAACUUUAGAGAGCGAAGGCAGUAGUACUCUUGAAUGCUCUUGAAUAUAAGAUAUCGAAAGUUCAGAGACGAGUUUGCACUGGUUCUUUUUGGAUGCUAGUAACGAUCUGAAUGCUCCAAAGAAAUGGUACCAUGCAACUUUUACAAGAAAAUCUUUUUCUUGAAAAUAUGAUAAAGAAAUAAAAAUGAAUCAAAGUCCAUUAAGUAUAACCUUAUAGUCAACAGACAACUUUUUAAUAGAAAGAAAACCUAUUCGACUGCUUGUACUCAGCAAGGGUAUCGCUUAACAAACCGCUCGAGUGUGCCUCAAGUACCUCAUUAUACUUGUUUCACCCACUGUACGUACAUUACGCAACGUAAUAUAUCGAAACAUAAAUGAUGUAGGCGCGUGUGUGUUGAUUUACUGUAUGUGUACAUAUUUGUCAAGUAUUGUUGAUUUUUAUCAAUUUUCCUCAGUUGUAAAAAUACUACUAACUACAAAACUUUCUUCGUGUAACAUUUUUUGCAUUCUAUUUUAUAUUGCGUCGUAAUUUUUUAAAUUCAACUAAAUAUGUAUUUUCGUCUACAAAAACUUUAAUUAAAUGAAAAUACAUAUAAAGAAA